UUGACAGGAACCGCCCUUCAGACCCAUUUCGUGCCAUUAAUUAUUUAUGGAACAUUUUUCCCUGUGGAACUAUCUGAGUAACCUAAACACUGUCCUCUGCAUAAUAGGCCACUGACGGGACAUUUGAUUUACUUGUGUUGGCACGGCCACAGAGGAUAUUUUGUGGUGCUCACAGUGACUGUGGAUAAGUGCCAAAUGCUUAUUUAAAUGAUGACUCUCUUGAUUAUCUCUUAUAAUGAAGAACUCCUUUCAUUCAUACAGGAUUAAUCAUUCAUUACUAGCAUCCACAAUAUAGUACCUACUAUGAUGACACGAGCAAAUUAAUGUAUCCUAAGGUUUCAUAUCGUUACACUCUACUGUGGAGUUUAAUGUCGGUUUAAUGUCUGAACAUUAACAUUCUGAAGUUAGGGCUUCAUAUUAAUAAUAAUCCAUAGUUUUAAUUUUUAAAUGUAGGAUUCUUUUUAUAUAAUUUUAUUUACGUAUAUAUUUGUCUAUGUAAAAGCAACAUCCCUAUUUUUCCAGCAAUGUUUCUGGGAUUUGUCCAGACCAACAAACAGAUCUCACCUCACCUGUUUAACUCCCAGUUAGGGGCCACAAAAGACACACAGGAUCUAAGGCUUGAAUUAUUGAUCACUGGCUGAGGGGGGAAUGAAACCUGGGGCUGCUCAAUCCUGGUGACAGACAAUAAAUCCGAAUACCCCAUGGAAAGAUGAAAGGACUGAGGGAUUAAGUUAGAGAAGAGAGGAAGAGGAGCAUGACAGCACUGGAACACAGGCGCUAUGAGAGGGAGGGAGAGAGGUAGGGUUAAUCAGUCUGUGAGCUGCAGACACACUCUUACCGUACACAGGGGAAAUGGGUCCUCAGCUACACUUCAGCAGCACCUACUCAGAGGAGUUCAGUUACCCGGCUCGGGUCAAACCCACCCGGCCCAGACCGUCCUCUGCGUAUCGCAAGAACAAUCCUCAUCCACGGCCGGACUUCCUGAUGCCAAGAAUGCUGCAGACAGGAUAUGGCUCACGGAAAUACUUUCAGACAACUACUCCUUCUACCUCUUUUCUACCUCCAGUCAGACACAUAUCAGUCCAGUAUCCAGACGUACAAACAGCACAUGGACAGUCAAUGCAGAGCUCAUCACAAAGAGACUCCAAACCACCUGUGAUCUCGACUGCAGUUUGUACACUGCCACCUGCUGCCUGGCUUCUCAAACCACAGACAAACAACUUUGCUCAUGCAACAAUCUCAAACAGUCAAGGGAAAUAUUCAGAGACAGAUCGUAUCAGAUCAGCUUGGAACCAGCAGACGGAAAUCAUGCCAUCUUUAAAAACCCUCAAACACCAGGUUACCCAUCCUCACAGAUCACGCUCAAAAUCCACUACUGAUUGCAGUGAAGGACACAGCUGUUUCCAUGUGGUGAAGCCAUAUAAAGUUGGACACUACAUCAUCCACCCAGAGUUUGUGUCAGAAGCAAAGCACUACUAAAAACCACAUUGUUUGGGCAUUUUAUAUUUAUUUAUUUUAAUUUAUUGUCAUUUUAAUUAUGCCAUUUUACAGUGUAUUAUUGAAGUACGUUAUGUGUUUGGAGAUCCUGCCUUGUAAAAUAUGCUUGGGUGCAGCUUCAAUUUAUUGACUGUAGAAUGUAUUUUUGCAUCUUACAUGACAAUAAACAACGU